GUCAGGUUGCCUCUUGCACUCCGGAUCACAAAGCUGCAAAACAGUGUUGUUGGCAAGCAGAGCAAGAGGAGCAGAGAUCAGCGCAUCAUAAGCUCAAAGAGUGCAAACCUCACCCUAAGCACGCUCCCCUCAGGCAGCUACAGAGAAAAAUGGCAUUUGCAGGGAUGCUGAGCGACGAGGACAUCAAGGCUGCAGUUCAGGCUUGUCAAGUUCCAGGCACAUUCGACUUCAAGUCGUUCUUUGCACAUGUGGGACUGUCCAGCUCAUCUGAGGCAGAUAGAAAUAAAGUGUUUACAGUCUUGGACCAAGACAAGAGUGGAUACAUUGAGGAGGAGGAGCUCAAGCUGUUCCUUCAGAAUUUCUCUCCGGGGGCGAGGGAGCUGACUUUGGCUGAGACCAAGGCUCUGAUGGCUGCUGUCGAUAAGGAUGGUGAUGGCAAGAUUGGGAGAGAAGAGUUCUGUAAUAUCCUGAAAUAAAGAAGAUGAACAUCUUUGACCAUGGCUGUUUUUCCCUACUUUAAGUUCACUGGUUUCGUAUGCAAAUCCUGAUUUUCCGGACUGAUUGAUGCAAAGACCAAAAACCUUGGAUGUUCUCUACCUGCCCGCUGCUCUCCCUGUUUAUGUGAUACAAUAAAAAUGCUUGGUGGACGGACGGCUAAAGCUGGAUAUUAUAGUGUGUGUGUUUAAUCAAUCAGGAACCUGGAAUGGAUUAAUAAAUGUAUUUAAGAUGUG